GUGAAGUUUCCACGGGCGCGUGCGGGAGCGAGGAUACGUCACGCCAUCAAUUAAACAGCAUAUAAUAUAGAUAUAAACAUAAAAGUGCGUUUCAGUCAAGCGCACCGGUUCUCUGUGAAGGAUUUCUGCAACUUGGCAAACAUGCAACAUUUACAAUACUUCUGUGAUUAAUGGGAAUUAUAUGCGCAGGAUAAAAGCAAAGCCGUUGAAGAAAUAACAUCUCGGAGAACCAUUUGCACACUGCAAGCCCAGGCUUUGCAUACGUCAAGGCUGAUUCUGGUUGCUGGCCUGUUCAGACGAGCUUCAGGCUGUUGUUAGGGUGAAGACUUUUAAAGAUCAACUGGUCUCUGACGAUCAUUUUUAAGGAAUUUCUGAUUAAAGAACCAAAAUCUGAGAAUUUUUAAUUGAAAUUCAAGCCGAAGACUAUUAAAAACAUUCACCUUAAUCUUUGCAAGAGAUGUUGAGACCGUCAUAGGUGAAAUUCAAGACAUAAUCGUACAGAAUCAUGCAUCUGGAGGUCAAGGUUGCGUUGAACUUUAUCGUGUCCUACUUGUACAACAAGCUCCCACGCCGGAGGGCAGAUCUGUUUGGCGAGGAGUUGGAGCGUAUCCUUGUGUCCCGUUUUGAUGGACACUGGUAUCCAGAGGCACCUUUACGUGGUUCUGCCUUCCGCUGCCUUAACCUGGGGGGCCAUAGGGACCCGGUGGUGGAACUAGCAGCUAAGAGGAGUGGUCUGAACACCGAAGAAGUCCAUGCUAACGUUCCCCCUGAGCUCAGCAUUUGGAUUGACCCUUAUGAAGUGUCCUACCAGAUUGGGGAGAAGGGUGCAGUGAAAGUUCUCUUCAUGCAGGACUCGCCAGGUUUAGGGGGCGAUGGCGAUAGGUCUGAUGAUGUGAGUGCACUUCAAGGAGACAUGGAGUUUGAGGAAGUUAAGAGUCUGGGCUUUAACCCAGAUGCUCAGGUGUUUGUGCCCAUUGGUGGCCAUGCAUCACCCGUCUUGCUACCGUCACACUCCAGCUCGCCAACCCCUCUCUCUACCUCAUCUUGCCCGGGGCUGUUUGGUUAUGCCACCCCCAGCACUCCCACCAAUCCCAGCGCUCAUUCCUCCAACACUUCCACCCCGUCGCCACUCAGUGCAGGCCUCGUGUACCCACACCCAGCAGCACCGCCCAGCUCCCGCCCUGGAUCUCAGAUAUUAACCUUCACAACAGCCAGCUUCGCCGCAACCAAAUUUGGCUCCACGAAGAUGAAGAAGAAUGGCAACGCUGGAACUUGUGCAGGUUCUGGUGUAGUCGUCGUUCCGCAGCAAAGAAUGAUUACACACUCUCCCACCACCAUUUCUCCGCCAGGGUUGGUCAAGCACAAACCUCUUUCCCUAUCCAUGCACUCCCUGGUUGGCCCUAUCCCAAGCCAACUGUCCCCCAAUGCCAAAGAGUUUGUGUUUCCCACGUCCCAGAGGCCCCUCUACUUGGAUGCAGAAGUUCUGCCGAUGACCCCAUUCCAGGCUAUGCCCACACACGCCUCCUUCGAGCCGUUCUCCAGCCCACCACCGGGCCAAGCUGUGGGAAUCAUUGGUGGCACCAGUGGGAUUUCCUUUAUGGAUAAACCUCCAUUUGUGGAAGGGCUUGGAGGAUACAAUCUGCAGUAUUCUGGUCAGGCUUUCCAGCCUGUUGUGUUGGCCAACUAAAGAGUCUCAGAGUUGAAGAUCCCAAUGCUGAAACGCUUUCCUUUAGGACAUCUUUUCCCCACAGAUCAUUGUUACUACUACCACCAUAUUGAGACAAAAGUAUUACAACAACUUAUUGAGUAUUACUUGUAAUUGUUUCUUUUCCAUUUUUUGUUUCAUGAUGUUGUGAUUUUUAACCUCUUGGAGUAACCAGCCUCCUUUUGCACAGGUAAUGUUUUCAUUGAUUCUUCUUUGGGGUGACCAUUUCCCAAAAGUUUGUCUCCAUAAUCUGAUGCUCUUUAGCUCUAUGCUUUCUGGAGGCUAACGAUUUAACAAAUUCUGGAUAAAAGCUAAUAUUCUUUCAGAAGAUUCUAGGAAGCUAGAUGCUUAAAAGGGAAAGGUGCUUAUGUUUAGAUGAUUCGGGAAAGGAUAAACGUUCUCUGGAAGGCUGAGUUUACAGCUACAUUAACGGUCCGGUCACACCUCAGUGGUCCUAAUUGAGGGAUCUAUGGUAAUUUUAUGACGUGUUCUCCCAACCGAUGCAAGUCUAAUGCUCUUGUGCUGAUGAUUAAAAAGCAGCUCAUGCCUACCACGUGCAGUUUGCUAGGGCUUUGAAUGCACUUUUUUUUGUUUUGUUUUUUUACCUAGCGACAGCUUUUCAGUUUGAAUACACUGAGCCAAAUUCUAAUGAAACCAACCAUUGUUUGAACCUGAUAUUUCUCACGUUGUUUUGGUGCAGUCUAGAGUUGGGAGUGACGAUUGAUGUUCAACGUUUUCAUUCUCACAAAUCUCUGAAAUGAAGUUCAGAGGGAGAAGGACACAAGGCAGAAAGAUUCAUGUAGGGUUUCUUCUCUUAUGCGUACGGGUUCUUGGUCAGCAGUGUGUGAAGGUGACCGGGAGGUGCUGGAGAUUUUGAUAAACUGCUGAGUGGGAAAAAGAUGGAAGUGUUGGUUUAGAGAGGCUCUGGUUAGCUUUCCAGCUGAAUGAAGUCAUUGUUCUUUUUACUUUAACCCAGAGGUUGUCAACUGUGGUAUGGAGGAGAUUAUACAGUGAAAAUUGCGCACUUUUGUCCUUAAAGCAAGGACUUUGAAUGUUACCUCAUAUUGUGACUGCAGUGGCUGUGAUUUUUGUAUGGUGUCUUUAGAGUGCUAGGAUGGAAGCCAGCAUUCUAGAAUCCUCUUGUUGAAGGUAGAAGCCUAUUAUGGCAUCCAUUAUGACAUCACUUCCCCCUUGGCACUCCGUCUGAUCCAGCCGUGCUGCACUUUACGCACCGGGUCUUUGGAAACUCCCAAUGCCUCACUAGAAAAAGAUGCUGGAUGCUAAAGGUCCCUUUACUCAUCCUUUAAUAGCCCAUUAUGUCUGAACUAUAGCUUUGUAAUGUGCUGUAGUUUAAAGAUUGUAUUGAAAUAAAAGUUUAUAGCGGGCUGUUGGUCCUAACCUUGCUGUGAUCUCCCUCCCAAACACUGAAAUGUGAACGCCUGCUACAUUCAGAUCCUAUCGAUUUCAUUUGAGGUGGGCGGGACUUGGAUUUCUCUAUAAAUGCUAUUACUGGGUGUAUUUUUACAUUUUGUUUGUAAUUUAUUUAAAAAUUUUCUAUAUUUUCCUUUUUCUUUUCUUCAAAAGAGUUACCUACGGCAUUUGUAAAACAAAUGAAGAGAUAUAUACUAUAAUGACAUGAAUGUGUAUAUUUCUUAUGUUUGAGAUCUUUUGUUUAGUUUCUUACGUGCUGAAGUUAUUUUUUCAGAAAUGACAAUAUGAGUAUAAAUAUAUAUAUGCAAGAUGAAAUGACUAAUAAAAUGUUUAACAGA